AAUGGUCUUCGAUCAUUCAGGUUAUGAUGACAUUACUCCAUAAUCAGUGUUAUGUUGUACACUUGUACCAGAAUUGUACAGUUUUUCCACAAAUAGUGCGAUAUCCUUCAUAAUCAUAUUUUGAAAUCACUUCGAUAUAUGUUUUAUUACCAACAAGUAGUUUUUGUAUUUCAAAAGUGUGUUAACCUCAAACUUCCAAGAAUUCUUAUAGGAGAUUUGUUAUUUUAGUCUCAUAACAAAUAAGAUGGGAGGCUCUAAAAAGAAUGAUGAGGAAUUGUUAUUGAAAGCAAUCCAACACUAUCAAGAUGGUAUUGGAAGAUAUUUGGAAAGAAAUGACGAAAUCAAAAUGUUACAUAGUCUCAAUAAGUUAUCGUCCUAUCCUAUCCGAGUAAGUCAUCUUCAAGAGACUGGAGUUGGACGUACAGUGAAUUCUUUAGUUAAAUUAGAUGGUAAGGUGGGAGAACUAGCUAAAUCAUUAAUUGCCAAAUGGAAACAAAUGGUUGAAAAUGAAAAGGAUACUGAUAGUCCGAAAUCAAAUGAAGAAGAAUCACCAGUAUCUCAUUCACAAGAUGUAGAGCAAUUAGAAGAACAAAAUUCAAGGUGUGAAAGGUCUCAAACAUCUAGUGAUGGAAGUAAUAGCAGCGAAGAAGAACAACAAAAAAGUGAGAAUAGAGAUACCAAAAAGCAUAGAAGUAGUAAUCAUUCUAGUGAUAAUAAAAGAACCAAAUCUAGUCAUAAUGAUAAAGAUAGACAAAAUACCAAGAGAGAAAAGGACAAGUAUUCUAGACAUGAAAAAGAACAUUCUUCUAAAGCCGAAAAAGAUAAUUCUCCUAAACCUGAAAAAGAACAUUCUUCUAGAACUGAAAAAGAACGCUCUUCAAAACAUGAAAAAGAACGUUCUUCAAGACAUGAAAAAGAACAUUCUUCGAGACAUGAAAAAGAACAUUCUUCCAGACAUGAAAAGAAACACUCUUCUGGAGAUGAAAAAGAUCAUUCUUCAAGACAUGGAAAGGAGCAUUCUUCUAGACAAGAAAAAGAUCAUUCUUCCCAACAAAUCAAAAAAGAAGAUAGAGAGAGCAGUAAAAGACAAGAUGAGAAAAGUCGUAAAGAUAAAGAUGAAAAAAGGCACAAAGAAAAAGAUAGAAGCAGUCAUAAAGAAAAAAGUGGAAGUCUUGAAAAAGAAAGUGAUAGUAAAAGUAAGAAAGAUAGAAGCAGUCAUAAAGAAAAAAGUGGAAGUCUUGAAAAAGAAAGUGAUAGCAAAAGUAAGAAAGACAGAAGCAGCCAUCGAGAAAAAGAUGACAGUCGUGAAAAAGAUAGAAGUAGUCGUAAAGAGAAAGGUGAAAGUGAUGUUAAAGAUAAAAACGAUAGAAGCAGCCACAGAGAAAAAGAAGGGAGUCUUAAAGAAAAAAUAGAUAAAAACAACAAAGAGAAAGAUAAAAAAGACAAAAUUAGCAAAGAAAAAGACAAUGAUAAAAAAGGUUCAAGUAGUAGUAGCAGCAAAAAAGAAAAAACAUCUAAUUCUCAUCAACAGAAAGACGAAGUUAACUCAGAAUCGAUAAAGAAGGAUAAGAAAUCCUCAGAGAUUCGAGAUGGGAAGGAUAAGUCAUCUUAUUCUAAGCAUCACAUCUCAGAAAUAUCUUCUGAAUCCGGUACUAGUUUUGGUGAAGCUUUAGGUAUGAUGGGAUUACCUAGAAAGGAGAAAAGAUCCGACAAAAAAGGAAAACCAUCCAGUUCUCGGAAGGUACCAGAUGAAAUAACAUCCGAGUCGGGUACCAGUUUCGCUGAUGCUUUAGGAAUGGUAGAAGUGCCCAUGAGAGAAAAGAAAUCGUUGAAGAGAACGCGGAAUGAAGUUGAGGACGAAGAUAUUGAAUUCAAUUCGAAUUCUGGGACUAGCUUUGAGGAUGCUCUAGGGAUGAUUGAGGCUCCAAGAAAAAAGAAGAAAUCAACUCAGAGACCAGCUCCAUCAGGUCAAUCUUCGGUGAAUAAUCUUCUUGCGGUGAUGCCAGUCCCAACUGAGGAGGAAAAAACAGAAAUACUACAGUCGUUACUGCCAUCGAUAAAUCCACACUAUAAACCGAUAAGAGCAUCAGAUACCCGUGCAAUGAAUGACAUAGAGACCUUCGAUAUUAUGAUGAAACAGAAGAAUCACAGGACUAAAAUAUACUCUGGAAACAAGGCUACCUACAUGAAAGUGCCAAGUUUGUUUGAAAUUUGUGUUCAACUCCUACAAGCACAUAUUGAUGCAAUCGAAGGUACAGGAGGUGUCCCCUAUCACAUUUUGAAACCGGUCUUGGAAAAGGCCACCGCAGAGCAACUCUUCCGAUUGGAAUACUACAAUUCCUAUUUGACUGAAGACUCGGACGAACUGUGGAAGCUCCAUUGUCAAAAAUCGUUCCGCACCAAACAAAGAGAAGAGUGCGAGACUUGGAGGGACAUGUACACCAGAUGCACCGAGGAAAGGGACAACAGACUUGUGGCGAUAACGGCGAACAUAAAGCAUUCCAGGCAGAUGAGCACUCCGGUCAGAAAAACCAAGAUCGCCUACAUCGAUCCUCCGAGCGCAGGAUCUAGAAGACAGUCGAAACACUCUGCAGCUCCAAUGGCAAAAGCGAAGGUUGUGAAUAUGGUCAAGGAUAUGAAAGACUCUGCAGAUGUUGUGGUUAACCAUCAACGUAAGGCUGGACGUUCCUCCGGAUCAACUCCUGGUCCUAGUCAAGUUAAAGUGGUUAAGAAGAUGGCACCACUGAUGGCCAAAUCAAUAUCAGCGUUCAAGAAUAGAUUAUAUAAAAGAUAACUACUUGCCUUCCUAUGUACAUAUUAAAAAUUGUAAAUUCAUAUUUUAUAAAUUUAAUUAUCAAUUGACUUGUAAAUACUUAGUUUUAGAAAUAGAUGAUUAUUGUACAGUACAAUCAAUAUUUCUGAGAUAAUCAGAAAAUAAUUAUAUCUUUAUUGUCUUUAAAUUAUUUUAUUUAAUUUGUGUAGGAAAAUAUAUAAAAAUAAACUAUAUAUAUUUUAAAUAUUUGGUGCCCUUAAAUUAAAUAGUUGAAAAUAUUUUUUCAUAUGGAUCGUUUUUGUGAUUUUAUGAGCAAGUGUGAGGUUGACUUGUAAUUAUUUGUGAGAGGAGUGCCUAUAUAAGUUCAAUUCAAAUUGGUAGAUUUGAUUAUUUUAUAUUUUCAAAUGUUUUUUUUUAGCAGCUAGUUAAUCAGAGAAAAUAUUUAAGAAUUGUUGAAACAAAUGUAUUUGUUAAUAAAAAACUAUACUGCUCA